AUGAAGAUUCAAGGCUUCGUUGCAAGCGCGUUUCUUCUGCUUCUGUCGGUGACUGAUGUCUUCGCCGCACCGGCCGACGCAAAUUCCCUCGAAGCUCGAACUUCCCAUUGCGAUCGAAAGGAUUGGAAUUGCAAGAACUGGGACUGGAACAAGUGUGUCUGUAACGAUAAACAUUGCCAGAAGGAUUUGAAAUGCAAAGAUUGGAACUGGGACAAGUGCAUUUGCAACGACAAGCGAUGUGAUCGAAAGGAUUGGAAGUGUAAGGACUGGGACUGGAACAAAUGUGUCUGCAACGACAAGCAUUGUCAUCGAAAGGAUUGGAAGUGCAAGGAUUGGGACUGGAACAAAUGUGUCUGCAACGACAAGCGUUGUGAUCGAAAGGAUUGGAAGUGCAAGGACUGGGAUUGGAACAAAUGUGUCUGCAACGAUAAGCGUUGUCAUCGAAAGGAUUGGAAGUGCAAGGACUGGGAUUGGAAUAAGUGUGUUUGCAAUGACAAGCAUUGUGAUCGGAAGGAUUGGAAAUGCAAGGACUGGGACUGGAACAAAUGUGUCUGCAACGACAAGCGAUGUGAUCGGAAGGAUUGGAAGUGCAAGGACUGGGAUUGGAAUAAGUGUGUCUGCAACGACAAGCGAUGUGAUCGGAAGGAUUGGAAGUGCAAGGACUGGGAUUGGAAUAAGUGUGUCUGCAACGACAAGCGAUGUGAUCGGAAGGAUUGGAAUUGCAAGGACUGGGAUUGGAACAAAUGCGUUUGCAAUGACAAGCCCUGCCAGAAGGAUCCUAAGUGCAAGGACUGGGAUUGGAAUAAGUGUGUCUGCAACGACAAGCGAUGUGAUCGGAAGGAUUGGAAAUGCAAGGACCGGGACUGGAACAAAUGUGUCUGCAACGACAAGCGAUGUGAUCGGAAGGAUUGGAAGUGCAAGGACUGGGAUUGGAAUAAGUGUGUCUGCAACGACAAGCGAUGUGAUCGGAAGGAUUGGAAGUGCAAGGACUGGGAUUGGAAUAAGUGUGUCUGCAACGACAAGCGAUGUGAUCGGAAGGAUUGGAAUUGCAAGGACUGGGAUUGGAACAAAUGCGUUUGCAAUGACAAGCCCUGCCAGAAGGAUCCUAAGUGCAAGGACUGGGACUGGAACAAGUGCGUCUGCAAUGACAAGCCCUGCCAGAAGGAUCCUAAGUGCAAGGAUUGGGAUUGGAACAAAUGUGUUUGCAACGAUAAGCACUGA